GGACAGCUGUUUUUCAGGUUUUUUGGAGGAAUGCAAAGUCCUCUAUCCUUAAGACAAAUAAGGCAUAAUCCAAGUUCUUUGUAAAUUCUUGGAGAAAAUCAAAGACAGACACAGAGGAAAUUUUAAAAUACUGAUCUUGAAAGCAGUGUCUCAAGCCCAGAGAUAUUAGUGCAUUCCAAAAGGUUUGGGCUACCUGACAAUUAUGGCACCAGGAAACUUCUUGUGUAUGAGAAGUAACUUUCUCUUUGGUUCAAGAGGUUGGAUGAUCCGAUUUUCAGCCGAAAUCCUUUUUAAAUCAGUUUCAUUUAGGCCUUUUGGUGUGAAGUGUGAUAAUGCAGACAGUGAGCCUUUGAAGAAUGAAGAACUGCUGAAUAAUUUGCUUACUUUGGGAGUAGAUAUUGACAUGGCAAAGAAACGACAGCCUGGAAUUUUUAAUAGGACAGGUACUAAUGAACAGGACCUUAAGUCAUUCCUCCUGUCCAAAGGAGCUAGCAAAGAAGUGAUUGCUAGCAUCAUAUCAAGAUAUCCACGAGCCAUGACACGCACACCUGAAAGUCUUUCAAAUCGGUGGGAUUUGUGGAGAAGAAUUAUGACAUCAGACCUUGAAAUUGUAAAUAUCUUGGAACGUUCUCCUGAAUCCUUUUUUCGGUCCAGUAACAACUUAAACUUAGAGAAUAAUAUAAAGUUCCUCAGCUCAAUUGGAUUGACCCAUAAAUGCCUUUGUCGAUUGUUGAGCAAUGCCCCACGCACCUUCUCCAAUAGUCUUGAUCUGAAUAAACAGAUGGUUGAAUUUUUGAAAGCAGUCUGUUUGUCUUUGGGUCACAGUGAUCCCACAGAUUUUAUCAGGAAGAUAAUUUUUAAAAACCCUUUCAUCUUAAUUCAGAGCACCAAACGGGUAAAGGCUAAUAUAGAGUUCUUACAGUCAACGUUCAACUUGAACAAUAAGGAGCUGCUUGCUCUGAUAUGUGGUCCAGGAACGAAAAUCCUAGAACUUUCCAAUGAUUAUACCAGAAGAAACUAUGCAAAUAUCAAAGAGAAGCUGUUUUCUCUCGGAUGUACUGCAGAACAGGUACAGAAGUUUGUUUUAAGUUAUCCAGAUAUGGUCUUCUUGGGAGAGAAAAAGUUUAAUCAUAAAGUAGACUGCCUCAUAGAAGAAAAAAUUAGCAUUUCACAAAUAAUAGAAAAUCCUCGGAUUUUGGAUUCAAGCGUAAGCACUUUAAAAAAGCGAAUCAAAGAGUUGGUAAAGUCUGGCUAUAACUUAAGUACAUCAAAUGUCAGUCUUCUGUCUUGGAGUCAAAAAAGAUAUAAUGCUAAAUUGAAAAAGUUAAACACUGUAUAGAACACUGUUCUGGGAAAUUAAGCAAAGGAGUGUCUUAUAAUGUAGUGAUAGAAUGUCAUUUUGAAUUUGGAGCUGUCAAAAAGAGGUUUGCUUUCUUAACUACAUGUACGUAUAUAGUGUUCCUUUGGAUGUUUUAUUUUAAAGAUUCAUAAAAACUCAUGGUCAGUAUAGUCUUUCCAGCUACCUUUUCUGUAGUUUGAAUUAACACAACAUUCAACUUUAUAAUAAAGGUCAUCGCUGUUAUAUAAAUGGUAGUUGCUGAGUGCUAAGACAGAAUAUGUAUAGAAAGUACAAAAUAAGCUUUUUUUGGUUUAUGCUUAAAUUUUAAAAUGGACAGAUUCACUUAGUUCUAGUUCCUCUCAUGGUGUUAAAUGGAAGCCUAUUUCUCCUGUUAUCCCAUGUAUCUAAUUAUUAUUCACCUUCAAAAGAGAAUGCCAGUAAAAAUCUGACAACAGGAAGGAGGAAUUUUUUGUCCCAUAUCCUACAUACUCUAUUUACGCCACUGGUAUGCUCCACCACUCCACACCACCAACUUGGGCUCAGUUUUUCUGGGUCUAUCCUGAUGUUUUUGAAUAUAAAGGCCACUAUGGUAGGUAGAAUAAUGGCCACUCAAAGAUAGCACUGUCUUAAUUACCAAAACCUGCGGAUAUGUUACAUUAUAUUGCAAAAGGACUUUGUAGAUGUGAUUAAGGACCUUAAUUUAAGAUUCUGAGUUGAGGAAGUUAUUGUGGAUUAUCUGGGGGAGCCUAAGUGUAAUCAUAAUGGUCCUUAAAAGUGGAAGAGGGAGGUAAAAGCAGAGGUCAGAGUGAUGUGGUGUAAGGACUUGACCCACUUUUACUGACUUUGAAGGAAGGGGACAUGAACCAAGGAAUGCAGGCCUCUAGAAAGUGGAAAAGGCAAGGAAGUGUUCUUCCCUUGUGCCUCAGAAAGGAGCAGCCGUGCUGAGACCUUGACUUUAACUCAUGUUAUCCUUCAGACCUCCAGAGCCAGAAGAUAAUAAACGUUGUUUUAAGCCACUGAGUUUGUGAUAAUUUGUUACAGCAGCAAAUAGACUAAUUUUGAGGUGAAAAAAUGUACCUUUAGUAUCAUAUCUGUAGUUUUUCCUCUUGUAAUUAUUUUUAAAUCCACCUACCUUUCUGAAAUGUCUGAUAAGUUAAUGUUUGUAAAGUGCUCUAAAUGUACUGAUAAAAAUCUGAAAGUAAGUAAUAAAAUCUAAAUAAAGAAAUAUUUUGCCUAGUGAGUUAGUGUAAUGAAUAAUGAUAAUUUCUGUGAUUUUUUUUUGUUGGUAUUUCUUCUCAUGUAAAUGAAGCAGAAGUUUCUAGAGGCAUUGACUUAAAAAAAAUGACAAACAUGAUAUCUGUAUCUUGAAGAAGUUCACAGUCUAGCUUUAUUUAACUGAGAGAGGUAACAAAUUAUAUGACCUUGGUUAUUUUUUAUUGUUUUCCAGAGGCAUUUGUUUUCAUGAUGUGGAUUUUGAAUUAAAUAACAAUGACACAUAACCUUUGAAGCCGUCUUUCUUGUU